ACAAGUCGGCGGGGGGCAGCUACGCGAGUCGAGGCGGCGGGCGCCGGCCACGCGAGUGGGCGUGAGGCGACGGGCGGUGCGAGUCGGCGGGCGCGGCCGUGCGAGUCGAGGCGCCGGGCACCGGCCGCACGAGUGGGCGCGAGGCGACUGGCAGCGGCGGGUGGCAGCCACGCGAGUGGGCGCGAGGAGGGCGCCGCUGCGUUGUGGCGCGGCAACCAUGCCACUGUCAUCCGAUCCUGUGAGCUCUCUGAACUUCUGAAGCCAUGUGACUCAGAAGAGGGAUACAUCAGCAGUGACGUCAUUUACUCCUCUUCCCCACCAACGCGGCGACUUGGAGCUCAACCCCAUGGCCGGCGACGAGCUCCCCGGGGCGGGGGCCACGGCCGAUGAGGACCUUGUGGAGAUCCUCGACGAGGGGUCGGGCCGGCUGGACAUCGCGCGGUACGUGGACCAUGUCCGUGACCUGGCGGUGGGCGCCAUCGCGACGUUCGAGGGCACCACGCACGACAGCUUCGAGGGGAGGCCCGGUACGAGGCUACGGUCCAUGGCGCGGCGCCGGCUGGUGGCGAUCCUCCGCGAGGCCCGCGCCGCCCACGCGCUGCGGCGGCUGGCCGUGGCGCACCGCCUGGGGACGGUCCCCGCCGGCGAGGCCAGCGUGUUCGUUGCGGCCUCCGCCGUGCACCGCGCCGACGCGAUGGAGGCGUGUCGCUACGUCAUCGGAAAGGCGUCCGUGCCCAUUUGGAAGAAAGAGGUGUACGACGACGGCGAGGUCUGGAAGGAGAACCGCGAGUUCCUCAACCGCGCCACCGACGGCGCCGCCGCGGUGACCGCGCCGGCACCGAAGGCGCGGGGCGGCGGCGGUUGCUGCGGGAGCAAGGUGAGAGUCAACGAGAGCUGAUGCCAGCCGGCGGAUCGCGAUCAAACGGACAUGAAUUUUCUCCCUUUUUAACUUUUUUUUCUUUUUAUUGAAAGAGAAGAAAAUGAACUGCUUGUACCCACUAGAAAUUAAAUUCCGUGAAAAAAUAAUAAUGUGACACGGAAUAACGAUAUAAAGUGGAUUCUACCAUCGAGCCUUUGUGUGAAAUUUCAGGAGCAAUUUGUUCUAACACCAUACAUUUGUCCUAGAGAUGGUUGGCUUC